GUGAGGAGGACUGCGGCGCACGAGGAUUUCGAGGGACGGUAUCGCGCGACGGAUCACUCGCGCGGGAGGAAACAUCACAGAGAAGUCGGAGGGAUCGAGCGGACUCGCGUCACCGACGGAUCCACCGGUCUCGCGGCACCCGUCGGCAAGGAGAAACGGCGAAAAUCGGACGUCCACGCCGCUCGUCGUCGCACCUACUCGGCCGAGCGCGGGAUUUGCGCGGGAAAGCCGGCGGAAAGUAAUCGAGAUCGAUAAGAGAGGAGGAUCGCCCGGAGGAUCGGCCGCUCUCGACUCGACACACGCACGCACACACCCGUCGGUAAACGCAAAGAGGGUCCCGAGAUGCUGGUAGCCUCGAUCUGUUGCGAACUCUACGUCACGGUGUUGCCCAACAAGAGCAUGGCCUCGCGAGUACCACGCUGCCUCUUCGGCCGGCCGAGCUCCCGCGAGACCAUCGAGCUGCUCCAGGAGGCGCUGGACGAGCAGAGAAGCAAGUUCGCCGCGAGAUGGGGAGUGGACCCCUGCGCCGAAGACAAGGAGAACAAUUAUCAGAGACGGACCAACGAGAGGAGCGAGCCGGCGUGCAACAAAAAACGGAAUAAUAAUCCGUAUUCAAGGCAGACCAGCAUUCAUGAUUACUGGCGAGCUCGAAAAAUAUGCGAUGUGAAUAAAAAGCCUCUGUCAUCCUCGGUGGAUGUGUCGAAGCAACAAAACAUGGAUUCGUCGAAAGCGGCGAAGACGACUGCCGCGAUUUCAUCGGCAGCGAAGACGAUGUCGCCGAAGAAGAUGAUGUCGCCGAAGAAGACGAUGGCGUCGAAAUGAAACGUGCAUCCUUAACGAACGCUUUACGUACAUCAGACUUUAUCUAUGCUAUCGGAAUUUACAUAUUUAUUCCUUCGCCACAUUUCCGUGCAUCAUUAUCAUCGAAUUUGCUGGGGGCGAGUCCCCCUCUCUUACAAUUAAUCGCGAUCGCGGUGUAUUAAUUAAAUUUUGUAAAUAAUUCGAAUCAAGUUUAGACUUAUGGAGGUUUGGAUGGACGACUCACUGUCGUAUUAUAAUUCCCGGCCGAAAUGGCCGCUUUUUACGAUCGAUGAUUCAUCGUCUCGGCUUGGAACGCGUCCGAGUCGGAGAGUCUCGCUCCCCCUCUCGAGCGCUCGCGGCUUACCGCGUCGUAUCGGCAGUUUCGCGCUGACAGAUUUCGCGUCGCCUAUUAGAGAUUCCUUAUCGGCAGGAUAGUCCAUCGGGAGCCUGAAGCGGUCGCUUCUUCGAUGAAGCGACGAUGCAGCACCUCCAAAGACUUAACCGAUCACAAAACGCCAACUCGCAGCUCCGCACUCUCGUCACGCGAGAGACAGGAGAAAUUCCUAUGUUGGUUUAGGAUUAGGAAACUCUUCUAGUCAUCUAGUAAUUUAAAGGAAU